UCUAACAAGAUAUGAGUGCAUGUGCACUUUGAGUUUACUCGAAGAAGCGCCAUGGAAUACUUCGGCAAGAACAACAGCAACUGGUGCAGAGACUUGGACAUCCUCCUUUACUUCUUGGAGAAGCGGUACAAGCACGGUUAAAAGUGACCGCAGUAGACCACCUCGAGCAUUAUGCCUCGAGGCUUCUUGGUCAAGCGAUAUAGCAAGACAUCACCCCCUCCAUUAUCAUCCCCAUCCUCCACCCUUCCUUCAUCUUCAUCCUCCCAGAGAGUUCGGAGGUACUCGGACGAAGACCGGAGUGACACGAGUUCCGACCACGAGUUGCUUGACCAUUCGGAUCUCCUUCGACACCCCCUGUUCUGUCUGCCCGGACCCCCGCCGCUGAGGACUUCUGUCCCCGCCAAGGAUUCGGACCAGGACACUCCCUCGCCUCCUUAUGUGGAAUACAACAACACCUUGUGUCAGGAGGUUCCAUUAGCUUUGACAAAAGAGAAGAUCCUCUUUUCGCCGACGACGGAUCGAAUCAACAAUCAUACAUUCCAUCCUCUUCGAAACCCCAUCGUAUACUUUCCUCGUCAAAAUGGCACUCAUCUACCUUCGACUCCUCCCCCUCCACUGAAAUCAAAAUUCCCCACCAUUCAUCCCCAUUCUGCUCCGACGGCAACAGUCACUUCUAGAAGCCAAGAAAAACCAACAACGCCAAAAACCAAUUCUUGCCAACCCCCAAAGAAGCGAUCUGCCGACGCCAACGCCUCAGAGGCCAAAUCUAAAGCUGCCAAGCGAUCCAAAGUGGUCCGCAAGUUGAAUUUUGACGAAGACAAGAGCUCGCCCGUGUCCGGGACCUUCAUCAGGAGCACCGACGACGACGACGACGAAGUCAUGUCCAACCACUCAUCCGCCAUCCGGAAAGGCGACAUCGACUCCAGCCUGAACGUGGUGGUCAUCACGGAAGAGGCCAGGGCAGAGCUAGCCAAGAUCGAGAACAAGAUCGGUGAUUAUGUGUGCCAACUCUGCAAAGAACUGUAUGACGAUGCCUUCGGACUAGCACAGCAUCGUUGUCCGAAAAUUAUCCACAUCGAGUACAGGUGUCCAGAAUGCGACAAAGUGUUUAAUUGUCCAGCAAACCUUGCCUCUCACAGGAGGUGGCAUAAACCUCGUCCGCCUCCAGGCACGAAAAAUUCCACAGCACCCAAUCCACCGAAGCUUAUUACCGGAUCCAAAAAGGAACACAAGGUGUUGUCAACUGACAGCCUUAUUCGUCCCAUGAACAAGACGAGAGACAGCUUCAGCACCGACCCGAGUGACACAGAAAGCAUCAGAGACACUCCUCCGCCUGAAAUGUCCACCGUCAACCGUUUCAACUCUCAAAACGAAGACAAAAGCUUCGAAUGUCAUCUUUGUAGUAAGAAAUUCAGCCAGUACUUCUACUUCAGGAAACACUUGCUGUCUCACCUAACGACCAACGCUAACGGCCAACUGGAAAGCGAACUCAUUCAGAGUGUAUUCUCUAAAGGUGCACCCGAAAAACGCACGGCCCUUGCUCGCCUGAAUAUCACCCCACCCCCAGAAAACGAAAAGGACAGAUGUGGCUUCACGUGCACCAUUUGCGGGUUGCUUUUCCAGACGAAGUCUGAAAUGGAACAGCACACUUUCAAGCAUGAUGAACUGAAAGGUAUCCCUUGCAAAUACUGUCCCAACACCUUCUAUAGUUCUGCCGGCUUGACAAGACAUAUCAACAAGCACCAUCCCAGUGAAAAUCGUCAUGUCCUUCUUCAGGUACCAACAGUCCGUCCCCUGUCUACAUGA